AUGGCGCAAACAGAGACUUUGCUCAGCGAUUACAUAAACUUCAAUGACCAGAAUGUCGGUCUUAGUGGCCAAGAAUUGAUCAACAAGGAGCUCACUUUCUGUGCCGCCGCCGCAGUCAGCUGUCUCUGUGACGAGCAGGAAAAGGGCAUAGACAUUGAUGAAUGUCUCCAACAAAAAGAAGAGUUCAAGUUUGUAAAAGAACUCAAUUUGAUCUCUGAAGUCUACAAUACUGCUCCGAUCAGCAAGCAGAAGGAGAUCAAGUCAACGCCUCCUAUUCUUGCAUGGUCUGACCGUCUGCAAACUGUCUUCUUGGGUAUUAGUUGUACUCGCGACAUGAACGAUCCCAAGUUGAACUUGAAUGUUCGGGCUCAGGCGGCAGAUGCUGUUGGCUCUCGCUUUUAUCAAGGCCUUAUCGACAGAGGCAGGGAAUUUGUACCGCUUAUUGAAUGGCUCACGCGACAGUACAAAUUGGUUGUCUGUGGCCACAGCUUCGGGGGUGCUCUAGCAACCGCUUCGUCUUACCUCGCCGUAUUCGACCAUCAAUCUGUUCCCAAUGUGUGGGAAGAUAGCCAACACGGCAUUUCCGUCAUCACAUUUGGAUCACCCUCGUGCCAUUUUGCUGAGCCUCAAGGGACUUCGACUUCCUGGAAGAUGCACCUGAGUAGGAACUUCCACCACGUCAUCAAUCCUCAUGAUUACGUCCCUUUUGCACUCAAUGAUGCCUCAAGGAGAUUUAAACAAAACUUGAAUGUCAUUAAAACACCAUUGGAGACCAUCUCACCUACAAUUAAAAUGUUUUGGCCGAUUUUCGAAAACUGCCUGGACUUUCUUCUGGAGAAGAAGGGCAAAUUCUGCCACUUUGGCUGCAUGUACUCCAUCGCCACCGAAACACCAGGUAUUCAGAACUGCCUCCAAAUACGAAGCGCCGAUAAUCUACCCCAGAUCCCUGGCCCAAGGGAAGUGGAUGAGCACCACAAGAUGUCACACUACUUCCAUUGCGUCAAGGGAUCCAUUGGUGCUCGACUACCGCAAGAGACUCUUUCAGAGAGCCAUCGCGAUAUUGAUCCCGAAGAAUUUCCAUCCAUGAUACUCCCGAUGCCUGCCACUGUGACGAACUGCUCCUGCGUGGUCGAGAAUGAUCGACUUACCGUGUCGUUCAAUGUCAAUACUGCUAUCAUUCAGUAUCUUCUUAGUGAAGCAUUCUUUAUGAAGGGCAGAAGCGAGAUUCCUCUUACUGUCAUCGGCUGCAUUCAACAUCCCGAAGACCACUGCCAAGCUUCUGUGGUGCUAGAAUACAGGAUUGAGGACAACAAAGUUUUUGAUCAUGUUGGAAAAGCAUCCAUCGCUCUUCAACAAGGCAUCACGCUCCGUGAUAUAUUUAGUCGAUCGACAUCUGUUAGAGUUGGUAGCGUGAAGCACCUGAGUCUUGAUAAGGCUAGUCAGCCAGAAAUAUUCGAAAGUAUUCGACUUGCCAUGGUACGUGCACUGGUGGCCCAGACAUCCAAGGUGCAAAGUAUAAGAACACAAGACGCCUCUAUCAAUGCCGAUACCCCCGGAGACGUUAUCGAGUUGGAUGAGAAGGUCAGGGCCGUGGUGGAUCGUAUCGACAGCCUAGUCAGCGACGCCAGCCCACAUCUUUUCGUCAAACAGAUGGGGCACGCCUUCGAAAUUCUCAAAGCUCUUUGGCCUAGAGAUUUUGAAACUGAUCAAGAUUACAUCGUUUCUGUCCCUGGGCAAUGGGAGAUCGAUGAAUCUGAUACUGGGCUUCUUCGGGAUGUCCCUGUCGACUGUCCGCGUGUGCUCAGGGAGCUCAUUACAAACAUGUUCAAGAAUCAAAAAGGUUCUACGAUCACUCAAGCUGGAGCUUCUCUCAAGGCUUGGACGCACGCAAAGAGGCCGACAUUGACACAGCAAUUCGCGAAUGUACCCACCCUUGUUGGCGCACUCAAGACCUUCAGUCACGAUCUCUAUCAUCGGCCAACAGACUCUUCCAAGCGCACGGAACAGGCAAUCUCCCAGUUUCAAGACGUCAUGGGAGUCAUCCAGUUGUGUCACCUGGUCAUAAUCACUCAGCUUGAUGCGCCAUACGAGUGGUACUGCAAAUCGACCGAAGGGCGCAAAAAGACUUCAGCGGCAUUGGGCAUCCUGCCGAGCUAUCUCUCAUGGAGCUCUGCCCCAGCUUUGUUGGAGACCGUUGGUUUAAGCGCCUUGUCUGUCUCUAGCUUGGCUGUGGCUGGAGGUAUGAGUGCCAUGUACUACAGUUAUCGCAUUAUCAACCACCUUCUCCAUCUCCACAGCGAGUAUCUCGACUUGUCAUUUCCAGGAGUGCUGGCUGCCACUCUCCAAGCCCUUGGGCUUCCUCCAGCUAAGCCAGGCCACAUGAUUGAGAAAACACUGCUGAACCACUUGGAAGAAGAUGCACUGACCUCACGUACACCAGAGACGCUGGAAAAAUGGAGAGUCAAACUUGAGAAGGGCCUCGAAAACUAUCCUGGGGUUAAGGAAAACCAAUGGUCUAUUAUCCCUGAUUACUUUUGGGCGAAAUGGCUCUUUACCGUCACGGAGGUGGCGCAACUUCGGAUUCAGCUCUUGGACAAGAUCUGUAUCGGAGUACAGGGCUCCACGGAAGCCGGAAAGAGCCAGAUGCUGACGGUUCUAACUGGAGCGUCCAAGAACCACUUCAAACCAGGAUCUAGCAGUCUGUGCAGGACGUUGGGAAUUCAAUCCUAUAACUCUAGCGAGCUAGGCGCGAUAUUCCUUGACAGUCCUGGCUUUGAUGAUCAGAAACCACAGAUCAGGUAUAUGGCCGACGUUUACCAAGAGCUGCUUGCUAUUGUAAUCAUCGUUAUUCCUAUGGAACGUACACGAUCCGAGGCAACAGAGAGUGCUCUGCGCAUAGCUGUCAAAUCGCUGCUCAAUCGCGACGAUAAACGCCCGUUGCGUAUUCUUUUGAGCCAGGCUGAUAAGCUAGACUUUCAUCGAAAAAACAAGGAAGUGUUCAAAGCCACCCUCAGCGAUGUCAAAGAUCAGUUCAUGUUGAAAUUGAGGAGGGAAGUAGGUGAAAAUUUCACUACUUUUAGACAACAGAGGUUUGGUGAUGGUAUCGUCUGCGUCCCAGAAACACUUGAAGAUAUUGUGAAGCCAUUUUCGACUCACGCCCAGAUGGAUUUGGAUGGCAUCAGGGCGCUUGCAGAUUGUGGUUCGAAGUAUUCCUGCAAGAUUGAGAGGGCGAGCCAUUUCGAGAACUUGUGUGAGCUGGCUGAUGCUGGAGAGAUAUGGGACAUCGAGUCACUCCGCUCAUGGCUUCGAGACCUCUCGCCUAAAAGUGUUCCGAUAUCUAAUGGGCGGGUGCGUAAAUACUGCGAUUGA